AAGAACGAAAGGCAGGCGGGUUUGCUUGCCGCAGCAGUUGAGAUAGCAGUCCCGUUAUUCUGAGCUCAGAAACAUUCGUUGGCUCGCUACGCUGAAAGAGCGCCAAUUAUACACAUCAGAAGGCACUGUGAAACAGAGGGCCACCCAACAGUGCCACGAUGGAUGAAGAGUCAUACCGUUACGUCGAAGGCCUGUGGAUGCACAACCUCUUCAAGGAUGAAGAUAUCCUCUCCGCAAUGAACUACAAACCACGGGAGCGAGACGUCCUUGUCGUUACGUACCCGAAAUGCGGCACCAAUUGGACUCAGUUUAUCGUUUACAACAUCUUAACACAUGCGGCGCCGGUCUCUAACAUGUUGGAGUUCAGAAUUACGUGCCCGUUCAUCGAUUUGACUGGAGCAAGUUCUGCUGAGAGCUCGUUGAGAACUGGCCCCAUUAUGACACACUUCCCCUUCAGCGUUUUACUUCCAGUGGACUGUGCCAAGUACAUCUACGUAGCCAGGAACCCUUAUGACUGUGCCGUGUCUUUCUACCACUUCAUAAAGGGGCUGACUCCGCGAACUGUCACCGAUGUUUCCUUUGAGAAGUUCUUCAGCCUCUACUUGGAAGGAAAGGUCCUCUACGGCGACUACUUCGAUCACCUACUACCAUGGUAUGAGCAUCGAGGAGCAGAAAAUAUUCUCUUCAUCACAUAUGAACAACUGAAGGCGGACUCAAGGUCGCAAGUGCUCAGAAAUGACCGAUUUUCUUGUCUGCAAAGCAUGAAGGCCGUCUUCAAUGUAAAACCAGCGGACCUAGCAAAGUCGAUGCUAAAAGCUUCACCGGAGAAGUCAGAGACGUGUGAAGUGAUGAAGGGCGUGGCCGAGGUAAAGGACGAAAUGCACGAGGGCUCCAGCUUUGUUCGCAAGGGAAUCGUUGGCGAUUGGCGAAGCUAUUUUUCUGCUGAGCAGCCUUUCAAGGAGCAGCAGACUUGCUUGAUAAGCAAAAUUGCAGGCGCCGAGGUCGACUUGGCGGGUGAUGGCCACUGCUGUUCACAAGGGCAUAAUGCCAAGUACGGCACAUACAAUCUACUUUGCACACAGGUCAGCUGCAGUGCCAAGCAGCACUUCAAUGGAGAAGGAGGGGCUGGUGAGGAGCCUGGACUACUUGGAACAGGGAGUCACAGUGCGCUCCCCAACCACAGAGGCUACAUUCACAAGCUCAUCCAAGCAGUGGUGAUGAGCCGUGAGGCCAGCUCAUACCGGAGCAGCUUUACCAGCAGCUCAUCUGGGCCACACCUGCACAUGACAGAGGCUUAUGGAAUACCAGCCAAGGAAGAACUCAUUGCUACACGACAUCCAACAUUUUCUGCUACAGCUGAGGAAUUUCUAAGAAAAUCGCAGUCACUGUCAGCCUUCUGCAAGCAAGCUCUUACCCGAGGCCCACGGCGUUGCACACUGUACCCCGAACGGUUCCCAAGCCCGGACGGCCAUCUCUGUGGUAAUUAUGGGGACUUCGAGCACGUCCUGUUGGGCUGCCUCUCUGCCAGUCCCCCUUUCAUCCAAGAGGGAAUGAUGAAUCUCAUUAGGGCCCGGGACCAGAACUCUCAAUUCCUGGCAGUCCAGAGGACUCGCGAGAGGGCUGUCAGGUUUCACCUGAUGGUUCCGAGUAGGCCUAGCCAGGUGACGUUGGGGCCACCUAACAGUGCCACGAUGGACGAAGAGUCAUACCGUUACGUCGAAGGCCUGUGGAUGCACAAGAUGUUCAAGGAUGAAGCUAUCCUCUCCGCAAUGAACUACAAACCACGGGAGCGAGACGUCCUUGUCGUAAUGUACCCGAAAUGCGGCACCAAUUGGACGCAGUUUAUCGUUUACAACAUCUUAACACAUGCGGCGCCGGUCUCCAAUAUGUUGGAGUUCAGAAUUACGUGCCCGUUCAUCGAUUUGACUGGAGCAAGUUCUGCUGAGAGCCCGUUGAGAACUGGCCCCAUUAUGUCACACUUCCCCUUCAGCGUUUUACGUCCAGUGGACUGUGCCAAGUACAUCUACGUAGCCAGGAACCCUUAUGACUGUGCCGUGUCCUUCUACCACUUCAUGAAGGGGCUGACUCCGCGAACUGUCACCGAUGUUUCCUUUGAGAAGUUCCUGAGCUUCUACUUGAAAGGAAAGGUCCUCUACGGCGACUACUUCGGUCACCUUCUGCCAUGGUAUGAGCAUCGAGGAGCACAAAAUACUCUUUUCGUCACAUAUGAACAACUGAAGGCGGAUACGAGGUCUCAAGUGCUCAAAAUCGCCGAUUUUCUUGGCGAAGAACAUGGAACAGCGUUGCGUAAAGACGAUGACCUUCUUCAGAGAGUCCUCCACGCCUGUAGUCUGGAAAGCAUGAAGGCCAUCUUUGAUGUAAAACCAGCGGACCGGCCAAAGAUCAUGCUGAAAGCGUCAGCGGAGAAGUCAGAGACGUUUGCCGUGAUGAAGGACGUGGCCGAGCUAAAGGACGAAAUGCACGAGGGCUCCAGCAUUGUUCGCAAGGGAAUCGUUGGCGAUUGGCGAAACUAUUUUACUGCUGAGCAGGUACAGCGAACGAAAGAAUGGAUCACGAAAAAGACACAGGGAAGCGACGUCAUGGCACUAUGGGAAGACUGUGAUCUCCCAUGAGGAAAUGUGGUGUACGUGUAUAAUAUCCAUAAUAUAGUGCACACGCAUGU